AUAACUUACCUUUCUUUGAUAUUGAUAUAAAUGACUUGCUUUCCUUCGGUAUUGAUGACGGUUAUGAGAGCUUUAUUAAUACUGAAACAAAUGAUAUUGAGACCUCCGAAUAUAUUUAUAAUGCUGAAGCGAAUAAUAUUGAGACCUCUGAAUAUAUUUACAGCACGGAAUACAAUGAUAAGAAGGUGGUACCUGAUAAUGAUAAAUUAGAUUCAGAGAAUAACCAUGAAUUUACUUAUUCAUUAGAUAAACAUCAAACCUUCA